UACAGGACACAGCGGCCAUGCUGCUGCCGCGAUGUUGGAUCCACGUGCUUCUGGCUCUUCUACUACUGUCGUUCAGCUUUGGACGUAGAGUCCGGAAUGAAGCAUUCUUGAUCAACGUUUCCAGCAGGAUCAUCGGCAUCAGCAGCAGCCGACCUACACAUGCAACUCGCCAACCUAAUGAUCGUCCUCCUCUGCGAUUACCAUGGGGAUACGACCGCCGCCAACAACGCCCUAGGCCGGCACGGCAAGCAGCGGGCGAGUCAGCCUCGGUCGACACGGACGUACGAGAUCUGAAAGAAAAAGCGCCGCUGGUCGAGAUAAAGCCAGCCAAGUUUCACAACCUGAGGGCUGUCUCCCGACUCCUUGUGGCGGAGUUCUACGGGUCGACUAUAUGGUAUCCCGCGCAGUGCUUGGUGGAAUUGAACCGGUUGCAGGAGAACUUCCACGGGUACGGGGAGGACGCCAGCCGACACCUGAUGCUGCUGGCCACGUCGGUGGAGGACGGUAGUCUGGCGGGCUUUGUGGACAUCGACGGGAGGGAGAAAAGGCCAGGACAAACCGGUGUUCGGCCGUACCUUUCCGACCUCGCGGUAGCGGACCGGUACAGGCGGAUGGGCAUCGGUACCGAGCUGGUGAAAGCUUGCGAGGAUGCCUGCAUCGAGUGGGGCUACGACAACAUGUACCUCAAGGUUAGAGAAGGGAACGUUGCCGCGGAAAAGCUGUACGAGAACCUGGGCUACGUGGUGUACUCCAACAACAGUGGAUUCAUGGUGGAGACGACCAGCGACAAGCCCAACGACGUCAUGCUCUGCGGCGACCUGAGGGCGAGACGGCGGCGGGAGGUAGCUGGUGCACCAGAGGCCGAAUGAGCAAAGGCGACAUGGCGGCAGAAAAUCCUCGCCUGAGCUAUAUGAAACCCUGAACGAUGCGACCAUGACGUGGUUUGUGACAGGUGAACGUAUGCCAUGUCCGGGAAUGAAUGGACGGGGUUUCUUGUGAUGGGACCGGUUGCGGCGGAAUCGAUUUCGUCCGCGGAUGUUUUCUUUCACGGUGUACAUAAGUAUAUUGCGGCGCGUGACAUCGGGCAUCGGGCGGCGGUAUUUCGGUUGUUUUUUUGGCGGGGUUGGAUUCGGGACGCGGCGCUCUGUUGAUUGAUUCGGUUGGUGAACCCCUCACUUUGCUGAUUAACGGAUUGUGUGCGGCAUGGUGGAAGACCACUCACAACAACGCGGGUGGGGGGGUAGAGGGGGCGGGAGACGUCGGGUAGGGAGAGGAGUACAGGCGUGAGGUGCUUGUUUGAAACCGUAUACUUGCACAUGCUGGUCCGAAAAAUGUGGUCAGCACACCUACAAUCGUGGUUGCGUGUGGUGUUUUCCCCGCAUGUCGUGGUUGGGGUGA